AUGGAGGACCCCGAUCUGGACAACUUUACGCUCUCCUUCCAAUACUACUUUCGCCACUUUUAUGGCCCCACCUAUCCUCGCGACAUGAUCAUGCACCAUCUCCUCGACUCCAUGAAGCCCCUCUUCCAACAAGCACGCCGACUGGUCGAUGCCAAGAAACAACAGCCGUCCAAGCGAGCCGGGUUUGUUGUUGUUUACUCCCAGUUAUGAAAAAGUCCAACUGACUUUUGAAAAUGGCAUUUUUGCACUUUUUUAGUAAAGUUGUGACAGCUAAUUGUUUGUGUGAAGGAGAGGCAUUUUUAGGUAUAAAAAGGCAUAUUUAGGUAUAAAAAUGCAUUUUUAAGUAUAUAAAUGAUAUUUUAAGUAUAACAGAUGAAAAAUAUUACAUUUGUUGUUGUAGUGAUGACAAUUCGUAAUUAUUUAUAGCAAUUGUUGAUUACUUGUAGGAAUGUAAGUGCGUGGGAGACGUGUCAAGAACUGGCGGCAAAGGCGGAAUCGUUAAACUCCAUUAGACCAAAUACCACUAAAAUGCUGAAGAGUCCGUUGGUACAGGUAAAUUAACACUAGUUUUGUUGUCAUAAUAUAUGUUAUGAAGAAACUACUACGCUUUUUAAUGUAAUGUUAUAUAUUUUACAGUUUUUAUCAAAGUUACUGUUAUUCUAAACUCAGUACUUUUGUUUAUAUAAACUUUAAUAUUGGUUGACUUAUCGUACUUUAAUUGAUUCAGAACUUGUUUUUGGCGUACGACGAGAUCACAAAUUAUGCUGAAGACUUGCCGCCGGCCCAAGAAUCAUCGACCGAGAACGACGUGCUCAUUAAGAUUGUCAACAUCGUGAAAGGAGACUAUCCCCUGGGGGCAACGAUUAAAGUCUACGGUAAUGGCGACAUUUGUGUGGCCAGAGUGAUGGCCGGUGGAGCGGCCGAUCGUUGUGGAUCUAUACAGGUAUUUAAAACAUUUUUUUGCAAAGUUUGUGUUGUAAGCAAAUAGUUUUUGUAAAAAGCAGAAUUGGAAAAAUGUUGUAGUAUAAGUUACGACUUUCAGCCCGGCGACCAGAUUUUGGAGAUCAACAACAUCCCAGUGUCAUUCAAGUCUCCAGAUGAAGUAUUGUCGAUACUGAAUAGUACUGAAAACGGUAUAGUUACCUUCAAGUUAAUACCGUCGAAAGAAGCCUCAAAGUCCAGAAUCUCAAAGUCGAAGCGUUACGUCAGAGCUCUUUUUGAUUACAUGGGAUGUGCUGACCAACUCCAACCAUGUCGGGAAGCAGCCUUGAACUUUCAGAACGGCGACAUUCUUGAGAUCUACGUGAGUGGCGACUCGUAUUGGCAACAGGCGAGGGUUGUUGGACAUGGUUCUUUGAUUACGGCUCCGCUUUAUGACGGUAGGUUUUUAUUGGUUAAAUUAUUGUUGUUGGUCAUAGAACUCUUUAUUAUUGGUCAUAGAACUCUUUAAAGUUUACCUAAAUGAAGAUUAUAGUAUUUUGUUUUCAAGAUUCUUGGUGCAAUUAGCUAGGUCUUCAACAUUUCAUUUCAGAUGACACGACAACGACGUCAGACGCUUCUACGAGUACAUGUGACACGUCGAGAAGGCUGGAAGUGGGCCUAAUUCCCACAGAAAUGGUCUUGAACCGUAAUUGUGAGUUGAUUUGCAUAUUGGUAUUAAGAAAGUAGUUAACACAUGAUAUACUGGCUAGUUUAACAAACGAUAUGUAUUGUUUAGCAUAACAAAUGACACAUUAGGUAUGUUUAGUCGUUUUAUGGCUAAUUUAAUUAUCUUCAUGAAUGAACAGAGCAAACAUCGUAGCUGCACGUGAAUACGAAAAUUCGUUUCAAAUGCUGCAAAACACGUGUUUAAAUCAAUUAUAUCACUGGCACUAGUACUCAAAACUCAAUUGUUGCAAAUUGUAAAAAACACCUUUUGACUCGGUCACAAAAUACGUAGAACAACAUUAUUUCAAUUCUUUGUUAAAGCUCUUUAAAGUAUGCUGCUACAUUUUGACAAUACCUAUUUGCAGACACUUUUGAGCCCAUUUCUCAACGUUUUUAUGAAUUCGUCGACGUUCUCGAGCCCGGCGAAAUCCGACCGGUCGUAAUAAUUGGUGCUCCGUGUGUUGGUCGUAGUACGUUAAAGAGUCGACUGAUAGCAUCGAACCCCCUAAAAUACGCUAGCCCUGUCCCCCACACCAGCAGACCCCCGAGACCUAACGAAAGGCACGGUGUAGACUACUACUUCGUGACCCGCGCUCAAAUGGAGAACUGGAUAGCUACAGGGAACUUCGUGGAGUACGGAGAGCUUAAUCACAAUCUCUACGGUACCAUGGACCAGGCAGUGUUCCAGCUGAUGCGACAGGGCAAGGUACCUGUGAUAUGUGCCCAUCCGUUGUCGCUCCGCCUUCUGAGGUCAGCUUUGUUCAAGCCAGUCAUCGUAUUCAUCGAGCCUCCUCACUUCUCGCUUCUGAAGCAGACUCGGCUGAAGUGCCGUGCCAAGUCUUCCUUCACUCAAACCUAUAUGACAGAACAAGACUUUGCUCACAUCAUAUCGUACUCGGCUCAGAUGAGUGCUGACUACAGUAAACUGGUCGACUUCAGGAUUGUGAACGGUGUUCUGGAAGAAGCCAUCGCGGAGUUGAUUCGGAUCAUCAGAGACUUUGAGACUCUACCGUCGUGGGUUCCAGAAGACUGGAUUCUGUCCAAGGGCUUCAAGAAUAGUUGUUGUUGA